CUUUCCAGGGGGACUGUUAUUGAUUUUAAGCGCCAGAAGGAGAGUGAGAGAGGAGACAAAAUGGCAACUCUUGAUGUAGGUGGGAAGAGACGAGUGUGUUACUAUUAUGACGGUGAUAUUGGCAAUUAUUACUAUGGUCAAGGUCACCCUAUGAAGCCUCAUCGUAUCAGAAUGACCCACAACCUUCUCCUCAACUACGGGCUCUAUCGUAAGAUGGAGAUAUAUAGACCGCACCCAGCAACUCAAGAAGAGAUGACGGGUUACCAUAGCGAUGAGUACAUUCGGUUUCUGAAGUCAAUUAGGCCAGACAAUGUCGGGGAGUACACUAAACUGAUGCAGCGAUUUAAUGUUGGGGAGGAUUGUCCAGUUUUUGAUGGAAUGUACGAGUUCUGUCAGUUGUCUGCUGGAGGUUCCAUAGCUGCUGCAGUUAAGAUAAACAAGCAGGAGUCAGAUAUUGCCGUCAACUGGUCAGGCGGUCUCCAUCAUGCUAAGAAAUCAGAAGCUUCUGGUUUUUGCUACGUCAACGAUAUUGUCCUAGCAAUACUGGAACUACUCAAGUACCAUCAAAGAGUCCUUUAUAUUGAUAUUGACAUUCAUCAUGGGGACGGAGUCGAAGAAGCUUUCUAUACAACUGACCGAGUCAUGACAGUCUCUUUUCAUAAAUACGGGGAAUACUUCCCAGGGACCGGAGACCUGAAGGACAUUGGGUCUGAUAAAGGUAAAUAUUAUGCUGUGAAUUUCCCCCUGAGGGACGGGAUAGACGAUGAGUCAUAUCAGUCUAUUUUUAAACCGGUAAUUACCAAAGUGAUGGAAGUGUACAGACCGUCAGCCAUUGUCCUUCAGUGUGGAGCAGACUCACUGGCUGGGGACAGGUUGGGGUGCUUUAAUCUGUCGUUAAAAGGUCAUGCUGAGUGUGUUGAUUUUAUGCGUCGGUUCAAUCUCCCAAUUGUUCUGCUCGGAGGGGGAGGGUACACUAUUCGUAACGUGGCUCGUUGCUGGACUUAUGAGACAUCCACUGCCCUUAACUGUGUUGUUGCUAAUGAGCUACCUUAUAACGACUAUUUUGAGUACUUUGGGCCGGAUUUCAAGCUCCACAUAAGCCCUACUAACAUGACCAAUCAGAAUUCACCCGAGUAUCUCGAGAAGAUUAAAGUUAAACUGUUUGAAAACCUUCGGCUCAUUCCAGCAGCUCCCAGUGUUCAAAUGCAACCUAUCCCUGAGGAUGCCAUUACAUUCCCUGAGCCAGAAGAGAAGAAUCCAGAAGAAAGAAUAUCAAUAAGGGAUAGAGACAAGAGGGUAGAGAGAGAUGAUGAAUUCUCUGAUUCUGAGGAUGAGGGAGACAACAGGAGAGACACUAGAACCAGUAAAGAACCUUCGGGUCGUAAGCGUCCUCGUCUAACCAAAGACUCCACCCCUACUGCUCCCAGCCCUGCUCCGCCCACUAAUAAAAAUAAUGAGACUCCGCCCACUAAUGAUACACCAACACCCACUGAUAAUAAAGAGAGUGAGGCUCCACCCACCAAUGAUGGGAACGAUACUACAACCAAUAAUGGAAAACCAGAAUCAACUAAUGAAUGUGUAAUGGAGGAGCCUCCCCCUCCUGUACAGGAACCAGUGGAAGGAGAGAGUGUCGUUAGGGAAGAGGAGGAACAGCAAGAGUCUGAAGAAAUGGAACAAUGAAAGACACAUUCAACAGACAAUAGCACUUCAUACUGUAUCUCAUUGUCUUUUUCCUAUUGAAUUAUUUUAUUUAGUCCCACAAUUAAGUCAAGAGUAA